AUGGUUGCCGUCAAAGCAUACGAACUUCGCAACAAGAACAAGGCCGAGCUUCUCAAGAUCCUUGAUGAGCAGAAGCAGGAACUUGCCUCGCUUCGCGUCCAAAAGGUUGCCGGUGGCUCUGCUUCCAAGCUCCACCAAAUUGGUUUGGCCCGCAAGAACAUUGCCCGCACUUUGACCGUCAUCAACCAGACCCAGCGCGAGCAGCUUCGUCUCUUCUACCAAAAGAAGAAGUACAUCCCUAUUGACCUCCGUGUCAAGAAGACCCGUGCCAUGCGCCGCGCUUUGACCCCCUUCGAGCGCAAGUUGAAGACCGAGAAGCAGCAGAAGAAGGAGAACCACUUCCCUCUUCGCAAGUAUGCUGUCAAGGCUUGA